ACUCCUAACCCUCGCCCGACUCAGAUCUAUCUGCCCCGCGCCGCCGUCGCCAUGCCGUUCACUCCGGGUCCCUACUCUGGCGUCAGCACCCUCGCCCUUGUAGCGAGGGCAUCGGUCUUCGGCUUCGGUGUCGUCUACGGGAGCAUCAAGCUCUCAAUCCUCAAGGCAACAAAGCCUAAAAAGGAAGAAGCGCAUGCUCAUCACUAAGGACGACAGGGCUGCUACAUGUUAAUUUCUAUGGAAGGAUGAUAUAAAAAUGUGGUUGCACUCUUUCUCCAUACGUGCAAUUUGAUUUAUGAUUUGUGGACAUCUUGCUGUAACACACCUGCUGAGUUAUCUUAGUUUUGUGUCAUAAUAAAAUUCUUAGCCAAUGACUUGAAAUCAGGAAGGGGAAAAUCAAAAGAACCCA